AUGAAAAACCCCGUUCCCUUGCCGGGGAAGCGCGAAGUACGCAACAUAUGGGCCUGGGCUCGUUCUCUAGCCACUUCGCAGCGCUACGAUGGGGCAGCAGACAGUGAUCCACACGAUACCGAGCUCCUCGUACUUCCCAGCCAACAGUCGCUGGCUUCCGUCUCGAAAACCACGACAAAAGAGCGAACCGUCCAAGAUCAGACUCUUGACACUCCUAUGUUAGGUGAAGCAACAGCUAGUACCGACGAACACAGAGACAUUCCAGCAAAUGUUUUGGAAAAUAACAGUCCUAACAAAUCAAGACCCUCCUGGAUUAAAGGUGUAUACCUCUGUGGAUACGCGACUGCCGGCCUCCUACUAUCAAAUGUCAUAUUUGUUUCCGUGACUGGCGGAUUAUCUUCCAAAUUCCCGGGAACAGGAGGAUCCUCGAAUUCAAAAGUGAUAUAUGACGGUUCUUGUGACGUGACAGGUCGGUGGAACACAGGUCUCCACAUUAUAAUCAACAUUAUCAGCACCUGCACUCUUGCAACAAGCAAUUAUUGCAUGCAGACUCUUGUCGCCCCAACUAGAGACGAAAUUAACAUAGCCCACGCAAAACGCCGCUGGCUUGACAUUGGAGGUUCCAGUUUUAGAAACAUCUUCGCUAUAUCGUAUGCCCGACUCGGUCUGUGGAUAGUCUUGCUACUUACUGCCACGCCAUUUCAUCUACUUUAUAACUCACUCGUGUUUGAGAGCCUAACUUACAACCAUUACUGGUCCUUCGCCGCCCCAUAUGAUUUUACGCCUGAAGACGUGCGAAAUCUCACGACUCCCGCCUUGCAUGAUUGUUUUGGGAUAGGCGCGGGGGACUUAGCGGGUACAAGUCUAGAUUCAGACAAAAGAUUCGACUGGAACCAACAAAUUCUUCAGAUUGAAGGAUCAAAGACUGAGAGGAUCUCCGCCGAGAAAUGCUACGGAAAAACAUCUAUAACCAAUGGCCUAUCCGGCUACAGAGGGAUAAUUCUCCUAACGAGCAACCGAAGUAUGAGCGAUGGCGGAACUGAGUCUGUCCUUGGAAUUGAGAACUGGAGCCACCCCGGCGAAGUUUGGGCCGCUCCGUUUGUGAAUUCGGAUCCCAGAAACAUACAGGAUCAUGAAUGCACAACCUAUGAUGCAUUCCUCCACCUUGAAUACUACAAAAAAGACACAAUGCACGUAACGGAGUGCCUGGCAUUCGAGGGAAAAAGCAAUUGCCAACUGUUUUACAACCCUAUUAUCGCUGUGAUCAUUAUUGUUGCCACCUUCGUCAAAGUUAUUGCGAUCUUCCUGGCCGCCCAACUUCAUAAAUCUCGAUCAACCCCUCUUCUUACGUCAGGUGAUGCGAUAGCUUCAUUCCUGGAGGACCCAGAUGAGACUACGAAAGGCAUGUGUUGGGCAUCGCUGAACAGCACCAAACAGAGAAACUGGAUAACAUGUCCGAAAGGACAGGAACCACAACGGCGGGCCGUAAGAUACCAACGUCUCACCAGGCCUCAGCAGUGGAGAAGAGCAUCUAGUCCAAUACAUUGGUUUGUAACAGUGUUGAUCGUCCUUAUCUGCAUUGUGACCACCACUUUGAUAUACCCGUUCUUUGCUGUGGACUCAAUGAAUGGCGUGGGAACCGACGAACUUACAUGGCAAGCAAUCUGGGACUUGGACUCCAUGGCAAGAAAAAAUGCUAUUACUGCCUCUGGUUCGAAAAACUAUUCAGAACUCCAAGGUGUGGUGAUUGCGAAUAGCGCCCAAUUGGUAGUCACGCUCUGCUAUUAUUUCUAUAAUAGUCUGCUUACAAGGAUGUUAUUGAGUGCGGAGUAUAGCUCUUAUGGGGUUAACAGGAAGCCACUUCGCGUCACUUGGCCUGUUGAGGGUAGCAAGCAGCGUUCAACCUAUUGGCUAUCUAUCCCAUACCGAUAUGGACUUCCAGCGAUGGCCCUAUUCACAAUACUCCAUUGGCUUGUCUCGCAGGGAAUCUAUUUUGUUCUGGCUUUUCCUUACGAUGCAGACGGCAAUCUACUAUACGCGCAGAAGGAAAGCGCACCAAAAAUGUCAUAUAUGCCUUUAAUAUGCGCUGGUGCCCUUCUUGGUGUCCUGGGUAUCAUGAUUAUUGGCGUGUCAUUCCGGAGACUCAAGUCAGCAAUACCUCUCGCGGGAACUUGCAGUGCUGCUAUAAGCGCAGCCUGCCAUCCGCCCGAGAACGUUCGUACAGACACCGUGACGCACGGUGAGCUGAUGUGGGGAGAGACCGAUCUGCCAUGGGCCUUGGACAGCGGGGAUGAUGAUGAAAGCGAUGGCCCAAAGGGACAUUGCAGUUUCACCCCAUCAGAAGCAAGGCAGCCUUCUUUGGACAAGUUAUACGCCUAG